AUGGGUGGGUGUGAUUUUUCUUCUUCAAGCUCUAGUUUAAGUACUUCAUCUGACGGAGGAUAUUCAGAUCAUAGUAAUGGCCCUAAUAGAAGAGGGGACGACGGCGACGAUGGAGCUACUUAUAUAAUCAUUCUGAUAGUAUUAUCGCUUAUAUUGGAUUGGCUAAUUACUCCUAAAUACAGUGUUAUCAAGCUUCAGGUCGGAUUAUCAGGUACAACUAGAUCACUGCAAAAGGAUCUCAACACAAUUUGUAAGAAAGCUGAUACCUCCGGAGAAGAAGGCUACAGAUAUAUAUUACAAGAGACAGCAGCAGCUCUAAUUCGGAAUCCUGAUGAUGGUAUAACGUGUUGUUCCUCUGUAGAUGUUAAUAGGGGCAUAGAGAAAAGUGAGAGAGUAUAUCGUCGGUGUAUUAUGAAAGAAAGGCGUAAAUUUGAUGAGCUUACUCUAGUCAAUGUGAACAACAUCAAAAAGAAAAAGGCUACAAGCGGAAGAUCUAAUGGGUUUGGCAGCGAGAAUAUUGUGGUUACGAUUAACGUGUGUGCUACUGGGAUACAUAGUCUACCGCCCAUUAAAAACAGAGAAGAUUUCAAGAAAGCUUUGGAAAUGCUGGCAUCUAUUCCUGACAAAAUCAAGGGCGUCGAGGUGUUAUGGACACCACAAAUGAAAGUCGAUAUUCUUACAAAGGAAGAAAUGAGUAAAAAGUAUCCAGAAUUGCAGCCUUUUGAUGAAACUGUUGAGAAAAUUGUCCACAUUGGCUCUAUGAACAAAUACUAA